UGUCGGUUUGUUUACAGCGGUGCAGCUGCACGGACAUGGCUGUGGAUAUAACUUUACUCUUCAAAGCCAGUGUCAAGACAGUGAAAACUAGAAACAAGGCGAUAGGGAUAGGCUUUGACUCCACCAAAGAUGACAUUUUCAAGCGGAGCAGACCGAAGAGCGGCUUCUCUCCGAAGGCGAAGGAGGUGAUCACGAACAUCACCAAACUCAAAGACUUUCUGCUGCAACACAGGAAAGAUUACGUGAGCGCCGGAAGUCUGAUCUCGUCAGAUCUUACCCGUAUGACGGACAAUGAAAGAGAUCAGAUUGACCAGGACGCUCAGAUCUUCAUGAGGACCUGUUCUGAAGCUAUCAAGCAGCUACGCAAUGAAGCAGAGAAGAAGGUGACAUCAGCCCAGAUAAAGGAGCACAGAGGGGCAGUGCUGGACCUCAUUGAAAUGUAUCUGAAAGGAGUGUGUAAGCUUUACUCUGAGCAGAGAGCAAUCAGAGUCAAGAGAAUGGUGGACAAGAAGAGACUGUCAAGACUGGCACCAGAACACCACAGUCGGGUGGAGAAAACACGAGAGGUGGAGCCCACAGAGGAGAAAACUGUCAAGGAAGAAAGCUCUGAGAGGAGUGUGUCGGAGGUCCUGGACAACACUGUGGAACACCUGUGGGAGGAGGGCCGAGUGGAGGAUGAACUUUCUCCUGAGGAGAUCCAGAUGUUUGAGCAGGAAAACCAGAGGUUGGUGAGCGAGAUGAACAGCCUGGUGGAUGAAGUGAGGCAAAUCGAAGGGAAGGUGGUGGAGAUCUCUCGACUUCAGGAGAUCUUUGCUGAGAAAGUCCUGCAACAAGAAACAGAGAUAGACAGUAUUCAUCAGCUGGUUGUGGGAGCUACAGAGAACGUGAAAGAAGGCAAUGAGGAUAUACGAGAGGCAAUUAAAAACAACGCUGGCUUCCGGGUAUGGAUCCUCUUCUUCCUUGUCAUGUGCUCUUUCUCUCUCCUCUUUCUGGACUGGUAUGACAGCUAACACAACCGCCAGCGUGGACUCAAAGGAAACCGCCUGGCCUUGGCACAUAUUGGUUAUUUCAUUAAAAAGUCACGACAACACUGAGACUGGUUGUAGUUUCCCCACGGACAAGUUAUUCUUCAUGAAGAUUCUGGAUCCAAGUGGAGAUGGCAGUUUGUCCUUCUCAGAUCAUAACUACGUGUUAAUCUUUGUCCAGUGCUUUUAGGGCUGCUUCAGUGUUUAAAAGCACCUCUGUGAAGGCCAACUUCUAGGGAGCACUGUAUCCACUUUAAGUGUGUGUGUAUGGUUGGACAGUCUGUCUUUCUCUACCACUAAAGGGAGUGAUAAUGGUUUGAUUGGCUGCAACUAUUUUUGUUUAUCUGACUGAAAAAACAACAGAUUUUGGUUUUUGUUGAUCCCACUUGGAACCAACUUUAAUGCACUAGGAUAUCGUGUAGACUUGCAUCUUGUCCUUGCAGUCUGAUGUAUUUAAAUCGGUUACAAACUUGUGUCCCUCAUCGACGUUUAAGUUAUAUUUCACUGUCAAGCCGUUUAGAAUGUUUUGCUUUCCAGGCAAUUAUUUGAUAUCUAUCACAGUAUAACUGUACUGACACACCACUCACAUUCUAGUAAAACUAAGCAAUAUUCUUAAUUAAAUUCUGUAUCUUUCUUUACCUCGGGACAUUUCAUAAGAGUUAAUACAUUUCAAAUUUAUGUCAAGCCUUCAGAUAACAUCAAGAGCAGCAGAAAGCCAUGGCCUGUCUCAGUUUGUGUCAGCCAAAGAAAUGAGGCUGUCGACAUGAGAUUUGAUUCACACAGCCCCCUGAUAUUUCUGCUAAUCUGUUUAUUAGGAUUAACCUAUAUUCUAGUGAAAGUGGUACAGCGCUUAGAACGGUUUCUUUGAUCCUAUCUCAAGAGAACAUGAACUGUUAACGGUAUUUUAUUUUCUGCUCUAUGGGAGUUUCAGCUUUACUGACAAGAUUUACUCUUAAAAUAGUUAAAGAAAAUGUUCUUUCACAUACAUGGAUUCCACUUGAACAUUGGUGUGAAAUGUGGGCACUUUAUUUCAGUUUUUCAUUUAACAUUUUUUAUGUAGCAAAUGCAC